AUGUUUGAGAACUUGAAGGCCUUCAUCAGACAUGGUAAGCAGGCCAAUGAGUUCAAAAAGAAGCCCUUGGAUAUAGGUGCACCAACAUUGAUCGAGAGAAAUGGCAACAACUAUCAAACGACAACGGACUAUCUGAACUUGUCCAACUUACCUUCUAACUUAUACGAUAAUCUGGGGGCAUACAUAAGUGAGGAAAGCAACUCAAUUUCAAGCAUUCCGGUUCAGUAUGAAAAGGAGAUGGUGAUUCCAGAAGAUGCGCAAGAAGAUUACAACAAUAUUCAAGCUAGUAUUAAUCAGAACUACCCCGAUAACAGUAAUAAGAACAACAAUAAUUAUAAUGCUAGUACUACUAAUAAUAAUGAUAAUAAUACUAAUAAUACCAACACUAAUGCCAACACCAAUGUCAAUGUCAAUGCUAAUGCCAACAACAAGUACCAAGACGCUGCUACCCAGAUCGUUGAGCAGGAAAAUAUCAUGAGACAGAAGGAAACGUCGUACCCCAAAUUAGAUAAUUACACCAUCUUAGAACAGAUGGGUGAAGGGGCCUUCUCAGUGGUCUAUAAGGCACAAAACAGACUCACUGGUGGAUUGGUUGCCAUUAAGAUCUUAAGAAAGUUCCAAAUGGACCAGGCCCAGAAGCAGUCAGUAUUGAAAGAGGUAACAAUAAUGAGACAGUUAAACAAUGAAAACAUUGUAAAGUUCAUUGAAUUUAUCGAUUCAGAACAGUAUUACUACAUCGUGCAAGAGUUGGCUAUCGGUGGUGAAAUAUUUACUGCUAUUGUGAAAUAUACUUAUUUAAGUGAAGACUUGUCGAGGCAUGUAAUACAACAGGUCGCUUCGGCAAUAAGGUAUUUGCAUGAAGAAGUUGGAAUUGUUCAUAGAGAUGUCAAGCCUGAAAAUAUUCUUUACGUCCCGAUCGAAUUUAUUCCCUCUUCGAAUCCAAUCGCCAAAUUAAGAAAAUCUGACGAUGCAGCCACCAAGAAAGACGAAGGUGAAUUCACUAGUGGUGUUGGUGGUGGUGGUAUUGGUCAAGUGAAGUUGGCAGAUUUUGGUCUUUCCAAGCAAAUCUGGGAACAAAACACCAAGACACCAUGUGGUACUGUAGGUUACACUGCUCCAGAAAUUGUUAGAGAUGAAAAAUACUCCAAAGAAGUUGAUAUGUGGGCAAUUGGAUGUGUGUUGUAUACUUUAUUGUGUGGUUUCCCACCAUUUUACGAUGAAAGAAUUGAAUCUUUGACUGAAAAGGUUGCCCGUGGUGAAUAUACCUUUUUAUCUCCAUGGUGGGAUGAAAUUUCACCCUUGGCCAAGAACUGUGUUUCCAAGUUAUUAACGGUGGACCCUACGAAGAGAUACACGAUUGAUGAAUUUAUGAACGAUCCAUGGAUGAAAUUGGGCGUUGCUCCUAAAUAUGAGGUUGUGUCACCAAGUUCCGCCGUUCCUAGGGAACCUAUUCCACAAGAUGGACAUCCUGUGAACAACAAGAUUGCAGCCUUGGCUUCUUCCAAUGGAGCAAGAUACUCCAAGAAGUACAUAAAUAGUGGUCUUUACUCACCAGCAGCUGUGGCCUUGAGAGAUGCCUUCGAUAUUUCCGCUGCCUUACAUAGAAUGGGAGAAGAAGCAGCGUUAUCAAAUAGAUUUGGCAGCUCUAAGGAUAUUCAAGAAUUAGUCGAAGAAGAGGAAGAAGAAGAAAGGAAUGAAGAGCUAGUAGAUAAAGAUGGUCGUAUUUUGGCAAGUGUUCCAAGACAUGCACCUAGAUUUCAGAAGCAACAGCAGCAACAACGUCAAGAACAACACAAUACCGUCAACAACAAUGUCAAUUUGUUUGACUUGAACUUAGGAGGUGCUUCUAUUUUAGAAAGAAGAAAGAAGAAACAUGUUCCAAUCAAUAUAUGA